GCUUUUUGGUGAAUACCAGUUAAUCAAUAUCCACAGUGUUGAUACUUUCUACUCGGCAUCAUGUUCGGCCGUCUUACCCACUACGCAUUUGAUGCGGUUCUCUUCUCCGCCUUCCUGGCAGGUGUCAAGCGCUCCACGGGCCUAACCCUCAAUUCAGACAAGAUCACAGAAAAUAAGGAUGUCAAGAAAUGGGUUGACAGCUACCUUGGCGUUGGCGAGUGGAUGAUGGACCAGUCCGUGGCUGUCAUGGGCUCGUCUGCCUGGUUCGAACGACGCCGGUGAUUGGCGCCGCAAUACUCAACACGGGAAGACGAUCGGUGAUCCCUUUGUC